ACUUGAUUGAACAAAAAGCUUAGUCAAACCUGUUUUGUACUCCAGAUUUGUAACGAACUGCUGUCCUCAUGCUACGAUUUGUCUGCGCAGAUAUUGGUUGCGCACAUGUAAUAUCUGCGCUGCACUCCAUAGACGUGCGAAGUGCGUUUAAUAACUUUGACAUUGGAGAGUGGCGACAGAACACAAUAGUAAACAGACCAAGAUGAGUUUUGUGACGUAGUCUGUCAAAGUGUGUGACAGUAGAUUCAGACAGCAUUGGCGUAAAUGUUUGAAUGACACUGUCUCGUAAUGAAAAUUUGCGUAUUGUCCCAGAAAUAGGAUAAAUGUUGUCUAUGUUUACGGCGCAUUUAUGUGUUCUCAAUGUUGCCACGACAUAUUACGUGCAGUAGGAUAAAUGCAAUGUUCUACAGCGUACUAAACAUUGGAAUUUCAGAACGAAAGAGUAGAGUGAAAUAUUUGUAAACAGUGUUGGAAGUUUAUGGGACGCUGCUCCUCGGUUUCAAUCUGUUUAGAGCCGUAAAACGAUUGUAAGCGAAAUGGAGCCAAGUGGUGAUUUUAGAGAAGUAUUUAUUGAAUUGAGAGAGAAGUAUGAAAAAGCUUGUUUGUUGAUAGAAGAAGAAUCAAAAUCUGAUCCAGAGAAUGCUCCAUACCGCUCAAAAUAUGCUGCCAGUAAAAUUUUAACUGAAAUGAAAUCGAAACUAGUGAACAUUCUCGACGAUAUUAACGCAGAAAACUCGGAUUAUGUGACAGUGAAAGCAAUGCUUGGAAUUGUGUGGUUGUUGUUGGGAACGGUAUCGUUAGAUACAGAGGAGCUAUCAACUGGGGAAGAGCAACUAAUGAAAUGUGUUGAAUGUCUUUCUGAUGAUGCUUUAAGGCCAGAAUACAUUAUUUCUCAGAUAACAGCAUUAAAUCAACUUGGAUUAUUGUGGUCACAACGAGACCAACCAAAGAAAUCUCAGGAAUUUUUAGAACAAGCAGAAACCCUGUAUAAGACUUACUCUAAAGAAAUUAAUCUACCUGCCACUGAUGCACCCAGUAUAUUUAAAGCCACUGUUCCCGAAACCUAUAGUUCAGGGCCAGGUACAUCAUUGGAAAAAACACACACAUUGACAUUAUAUUACUUGGCACAAAUAUACGGCGCAUUGAGUGACAAUAGGAAGUCUGCUAUAUAUUGCCACACAACGCUUAAAAGACAACUGGAGACAAAAGAUUUUGAUCCUAUUGAUUGGGCUUUGAAUGCAGCCACAUUAUCACAGUACUUAAUGGAAAAAGUUGGUUUUAAAGAAGCCAGGCAUCAUCUCGCUGCUGCUUCAUUCAUUCUUGAUCAAUAUGAAGGUGAAAUUGGUCAUAUGAAUUGCAAUGAGGAGGAGUUAGCUGCACGGGGAGAACGUCUUGCCCAUAGGAGAGCGGAUGUUACAAGAUGUUGGGCUAAAUAUGGUCUUUUGCUUCUGUCAAAUUCCAAAGAGAGAUUAAUGGAACAAGGAGAAACCACAAAACAAUCUGAAGAAGUUGAACAAAUAAAUGAAAAUGGUGAUGUACUGUUUGCUUUUUCAUCACUAGAAGUGAAUAGUUACGAAGAUCAGAUUACUGACAAAUACAUUCUCACAUUUGAUGAUGCGAGGAAAGUUUUUCUGAAAACACAGGAAUGGUUAAAUGAAGCUAAACAGUAUUACACUCUUGAUAGCCACGCCUCUGAUUAUGUUCAAAUUGUACAAGAUCACAGCCAGUUAUUCAGCCACCUUGCGUUCUUUGAAGAUGAUGAGGAAAGACAGAGUCGUAUGCAUAAACGGCGUGUGGAUCUUUUGGAAUCAGUCUUACAACAGCUAAAUCCACAGUACUAUAUGCUUGUAUGUAGACAGCUGUGGUAUGAAUUAGCACUUACUUACUCUGAUAUACUUGACAUAAAACUGGAACGAUUACAAGCAAGUGAUAGUCGGCCAACACCACAUGCUCUGCGCAAGAUCAAUCACUUGGCUUCUAGCAGUAUUGCCAACUUUACUCAUUUCCUGGACUCACUUAAGGAUCCUAGCACCAAAGAAUUUCCUGACACAAUAAGUGAGGAUCUUGAACGUCCUGCGUUGAAUGCACAUUGUCAUAUUGGUCGUUUGUACAGCAAGUUAGUUACUCCAGACAAGAAAGUAAAUCGUGAGAAUAUUAAAAAGAGCAUUGAUGCUUACCAGUUCAUUGUGGAUUACUGCGAGAAGCAUGAGUCUGGACGCCAAAAGAUGUCCGUAGAACUUGGAGUUUGCCAAGAGAUGGUGCAGCUGCUCCCUCUGAAACUUGAAAAACUCACUCAGGACGUUAAAUGAGUGCUUUCCAUUUGCAACAAAAUGACAAUGAGAUCUGCUGAAGCUAAUGCAAAUAAAAUAAUAUUUAGAGCUAAUGUGACAAUUUGUAAGCUUCUUACUAUGCACUGUGAUUGUAAUUUUAUCAUAUAUCGGCAGUUUCUCAUGUUGUUAUUGUUGUUGUUGUUGUUUCUCAUAAUCCUUUAUUUAUAUAGUUGUCUGCUGAGAAUAAAUUGAUUUUGUAUGCUUUGGAAA